UAUGGAUGAGUUACUCGCUUGAUCUACCGUUGAAAUCAUCGCGCUCAAAAACCGCAUCGGUUUGUACAGUUAUUAUUGCCGAAGUAUUCACACCCGAAACAAAAACAUGUCGGAUUCAUUACAAUUUGGACAAUAAAAUGUGAACACAGGCUUAAUUAGAUAUGGAAAAGUUCAUUUUAUAAAUCAAUGGAAACUUAUUUUUUUACAAAACGAAAUAGCAACUGAAAGGUGACCUUCGUCGAGAGUAAUAAGAAAAAGCGGUGUGUAUAAUAGUAACAAGAAGACAAGACACAUUUAGAAAGCAACUUGAAAGUCAGUCACUUAUUACUUACUGACUGUCUGGUAUUUCUUCUGACCAGUAAACUAGUUAGUAGUUGGUGGUUAUUCACUAUCUUACAGACACAGGACACUCUUAUACUUUUACUACAUACCUAGCCAGAGUACACGAAUAAAAAUUAUUAACAUUAAUUAGUUCGAUGUGUUGGUGGUGAUCGUACAGUGAUUAACCUGAAUAAUAAACCAAAGACAAGACAAUACACAAAAUGACUUUAUUUUGCGGAUAAAAUGAGGAUAAUAUUGUUUUUAUCACUAAUCGGCUGCACUGUGUUUGCGGUUUCAGCGCAGGACGAUGAAGGUCCAUAUAAAGGCAAGUUUAUUGGUAAAAUUAAUUCUUAUCACCAUCAAGUAUCAGGAGAUGUUUACGCAGUAGACGAAUAUACUUUGCUGUUAACGAAAUUUAAUUAUGAUGGUAAUGGUGCUGACACUUUCUUUUGGGCGGGUGCUGCAAAUCGACCGGGACCUCAAGGGUUCAUAGUAUCCGACGAAUACGGAAAAACUAACGUUUUAGAAAGAUAUUUUAAUAAAGACUUCACAUUAACGUUACCAGAAAAGAAAAAGUUAACCGACAUAAAGUGGUUCGCAAUUUACGACAUUUGGAGCCAAAACACCUUUGGAGACAUUUACAUUCCCGAAGAUUUUGAACCUCCAACUGUUCAAAAAAUAGGAAAACUUGCUGCCAAAAGUAACAUGAUCAGUUCAGGAAAAAUUGAAGUUCUGGACGCUAAAAGUAUUAGAAUAAACAAUCUUUUCUACGAUGGUAAAGCCAAAGACGCUUAUUUUGUUGCUGGAAUUGGCCCUUUGCCGAAUUCAAAGGGGCAUAAAAUUCCAGACGAAUAUGGAUAUCUAGAUUCACUAAGGGCAUAUAAAAACCAAACAAUCACUUUGGAAUUACCAGGAGAUUUAACUGUUUUCAAUAUAGACUGGCUAAGUAUUUUCGAUUUCGAAAACAAAGCAAAUUUAGGUUCUAUUUUAAUAACAAGCGGUUUGAAUGUUCCACCAUCUCUCGUGAAAGUUAUACCUCAUAAGAACGAUUUACCAAACUGCUUACAACUUCAUAGAGAUUUUCAAGUUUCAUGGGAAAUCUUCGGACCUGCCAUAACAAUUCAACUUGCAGGACAAAUUAAAGAGGAUGAAUAUAUGGCGUUUGGCUUGUCAGGAUCACCAGAAAAAAGUCAAAUGUUGGGGGCGGAUGUUGCAGUAGCUUAUAUCCACGAAUAUAGAGGAUUAGCAACAGAUUACAACAUUACAGCAUUAACAGCGGUAAAUAUACCAAGAAUAAUAAUUACUAAACGAACUUUUAGUAAUUACAAUUAAACUCUUACGAUAGACGUAUAUUAUCGAUAAG